UUAAACAAAAGUAGUUAACAAAAAUUAAAUAAAAAUCAAAAACUAAUAUCAAGAAUUUAAUAAAAAAAUAAAUAAUAAAGCUGAAGUAAAUUUAAUAAAUUUUUAACAAAAUAAAAGUGAGAGUUUAAAAAAAAACAAAAUAAAAAUCAAGAAACAUCAAGAGAUCAUAAAUAUAUAAUAACAGCAUCGAAUAUAUACAUUGAAAAUAUUUUCUACGAGCAUCAUUCAAUCAUCAAGAAAUUGAAAAUUUUUUUACGGCGAUUGGGCAUAUCGUCAUUAUUAACAUCAACGAAAACUACGACAGCACUAGCAGAGAGAUCAACGGCAGCGAUAACAACGACAGCAGCGAUUACGAUCACCAGCGCACUAGCAGCUUAUACCUGUAUAUUCAAUUAAAUAAUAAAUAACGGAAAAAUGGACAGCGCAAUAUAUUUCUUAAUCAUGGGACAACUAAUCAUCUCUGCGUUACCAGCGAAUGGUUUUAUUGCAUAUGACUGCGGAGCUCCAGCUAUGAACAUCACCACGCUGUCAUUAUUGAACAUUAAAGAUUGCGACAUCCCAAUAUCACAACCAGCAAAAACCGACACGAAAAUACAAUUACUCCAACUAGUAGAAAUGUCACAUAUACAGGUAAUUCAAUGCAAAAUAAUAUUGAACCGAGCCAUAUAUAACUGCGGGCACUGGAGCCACGUAUCAACAGUAGCCAACGGACACAUGGAAUACGUACAGGAAAUAUCUCGAGAAGCCUGUAAAGGAAUCCUAGAAACUAAGACGUACCGAACUUACGAAACAACCAUAAAAGACAUCUUCUUAAAUAGCACAACAACUCAACCAAUAACUUUGGCUGGGAACGUGGACCUUAAAGGAAACUGUGAGGCGGGUAAAUUUGCCGAUCAUUACGGUUCAUGGACAAAUGUUGUAGUCCACGGACGAAUUUCAAUUACAAUCCAAGACUACCUCGCACCAGUAAACUUACAAAAGAACGAAGUAUUGUUGAGGUCAGGAGUAAAAUGCGCAUACUCAACGGGUAGCUGCAUGGACACAGAGAGCGGAAACACUUACUGGAACCUACUAGAAACUGACCAGUGCAAAUUUAAUAGGUUCAAAGUACUCUACGAAGGACCUGCAGAGAAAAUAAAAGACAUCUCAAUACCUAAAUUCGGUCAAGAAAUAUACUCAGUAACAGCAAAUCAAAUCACUUUCGCACUAUCAGUGAAAGGUUUCAUUCCGGUUUGCGGUUACAAGAUAAUAAAAACAGAACACCCCAAAUUAUUUAUAGUAGACAGCGAGGACAAACACUUCUUUCUGCGUAGAACGACUCUGUCAACAGAAAACAUGGAUAUAUUUGCAUACGUUAACACGAAAAUAGUUUAUCUGGAACAUCACCUCAGAAAAGAAAUAACAGCUUUAUAUAAUGACGUAAUGCAGCAACAAUGCGAACUAGAAAAACUGAUAUUACAUAAUACCUUAGCACUAGCCUCUGUGAAUCCAGCAGAAUUCGCGUUCCAUUUCAUGAAACAACCAGGAUACAUCGCACACUUGGUGGGUGAAGUAAUACGACUAGCUAAGUGUGUACCAAUAGAAGUAAAGAAUAGGGAAACAACGGAAUGUUUUCAAGAAUUACCAGUAAUUAGAGGAGAACAGGAAUACUUCAUGCUACCUAAAACACAUGUUUUAGUUAAAACCGGAAACCAGAUUGACUGCAACUCACUGAUACCCCCGCUUUACAAUAUAAACAACGCCUGGUACCAACUACUUCCCCAAAUAUCACCAGCAACGGCGCCAGAGGAAAUAGCGACGAAAACAAAGAUGUCCUGGAAGUACACCAGCCCAGCAAACUUAGCAACAGGAGGAAUAUACUCUGACGACGACUUGGACAGAUUGAGAGAAAAUAUGAUGUUUCCUAUAGAAAAACCAGCAAUUUUAAAUACAAUAGCAAGAGGAGCUAUAGGGCAAGAAAUAAAUUCCCAAGGAAUAUCAUUAAGUAAACUUAUAGACACAAGUGAAAUAAUGGAGAAAUUACAAAAUACAUGGGGAAAAGUAUAUAAUUUUUUCAACAUAAUAGGAUCAUUCAGCACUACAUUAUUAGGAAUCUGGAUAACAGGCAAAGCAUUCAAAUUUAUAAUUGACACAGUAAUGCACGCUUUGGCUCUGCACUCAGCUUUCGGUUGGAGUCUAUGGUUGCUCGGCGCCAUUUGGGACUCAUUGACAAACUUCCUACUACAUAGAAACUACGCACACAGCGCCAAAACUACGGACGAGAAAACAGACCACACAAAACUACAAGUACUUAUCGACAAUGGAAAACAAGAAGAAAAACUAGAAAAAAUAACGCAGAAGGUUGACUUACCUACUAUCGAUGAAAAUAAAAAGAACAAAAUUGAACCUAACGACACACGAUCUAUGUCGGAAAUAACAAUAUUCCCAUAA